CACCAGGGACAGCAUUGUAGUGGUUGUUUUCUCCCGCCAUUUCCCGGUACAUGUAGUUGAGUGUGCAGUAAGCAAAUCCUAAUUGAACAUUUAUCUGGCAUUAUGUCCUCCAUUAUUAUAGACAAAGAUGCCUUCUUCCGCCGGAUGAAUAAGGUUUACACGGCUUGGAAGAAGGCAGAAAGCAACAAGGAAGAUGGCAUUGGCAAAGUUGAUUCUCUGGUCUCACAUGUGGGAGCUGACCAGGAAGUUAUAUAUUCAAAAUCAACUGCUACACAGACUUGGCUCUUUGGUUAUGAGCUGACAGACACUAUCAUGGUUUGUUGUGAAAAAGCUGUGUACUUUCUAGCCAGCAAGAAAAAGAUUCAAAUUCUUGAAGGUUUGGAGAAGAAUAAGGAUGAGAACAGCAUAGUACCGCCAGUUAAGUUACUGGUCAGAGAUAAAAAUGACAAAGACAAGGCCAACAUCAGCAAGCUUAUUGAGGCCAUCAAGGGUAGCAAGAAUGGAUCAAAGAUCGGUGUGUAUGCAAAGGACAAGUUUACAUCAGACCUCAUUGAUGCCUGGAGAAAAGCCGUGAAGGAAGGGAACUUUGAACAGUUUGAUAUGAGCUCACACAUGGCCAUUGUGAUGUCGGCAAAGGAGGAAUCCGAGAUCAUCACCAUUAAGAAAGCCUGCAAUGCAACGGUGGAUGUGUUUUCAAAGUACCUCAAGGAACAGAUCAUGGAUAUUAUUGACAGAGAUAAGAAGGUAAAACACGCCAAACUUGCAGAGGGCGUAGAACAAGCCAUGUCAGACAAGAAGUACGUGGGAAAUUAUGAUACGCAGCAGAUAGAGCCGUGUUAUCCGCCAAUUAUCCAGUCAGGAGGCAACUAUGCUCUCAAGUUCAGUGUGUCCAGCGAUAAGAGUCCCAUGCAUUUUGGUGCCAUUGUGUGCUGCAUGGGUGUACGCUACAAGAACUAUUGCUCCAAUAUUUGUCGAACGUUUAUGGUCAACCCGCCGGAGAAGAUGCAGAAGGAGUAUGAGCUGCUUUUAGAACUCUUUGAUAAGCUCAUCAGUACCCUCAAGGCUGGUGUCAAACUGUGUGAUGUGUACGAAGAAGUCUAUAAGCACGCCAAGAGCAAGAAACCUGAUUUGGUGGAUAGGCUAACGAAGGCAGUUGGAUUUGGUACUGGUAUCGAGUUCCGCGAGUCUGCCCUUCUCAUUGGCCCAAAGACGACAAUUACUGCGAAGAAAGGACAAGUGUUCAAUGCAAAUCUUGGGUUCUCUGACCUUAAAAAUAAUACUGCCAGUGACGAGGGAAGCAAGAAGUACGCUCUCUUCAUCGGCGACACAGUAGUUGUAAAUGAGGAUCUGCCCGCCACGAUCUUGACGGCGUCCAGCAAAAAGAAACUAAAGAAUGUCGGUGUCUUCCUGAAGGAUGAUGAUGAUGGUGAUGAUGACGAAGAAGAAGACACUAAGGAAGAUACGUCAGAGCUCCUGGGUAGAGGGAAGCGUACUGCCAUCCUCGACUCCAAGCUUCGGCAUCAAACAUCAGAACAGUCGACAGAGGAGAAGCGUAAGGAGCACCAAAAAGAACUGGCGGUGGCGAUGAAUGAAGCAGCCAAGGAGCGUCUAGCACUACUCAAGGGAAAGAAGGAGGACCAGAAAGUGCGUAAAUCUACCGUGUCGUAUCGGUCGUCGAACCUCAUUCCGCGGGAACCUGAAAUUGCAGAGCUCAAGAUAUAUGUUGACCGCAAGUACGAGACGGUGAUAUUGCCCAUCUAUGGCAUGCCAGUACCAUUCCAUAUCUCUAUGAUCAAGAACAUCUCCCAGAGUGUGGAGGGAGACUACACCUAUCUACGUAUCAACUUCUUCCACCCGGGCUCCAGCAUCGGGAAAAGUGAUGGCAUUUUCCCCAACCCAGACGCCGUGUUCCUAAAAGAGGUUACGUAUCGCAGCACUAACACCAAGGAGCCGGGAGAACUCUCGGCGCCAUCCUCCAACCUCAACACUGCGUUCCGACUCAUCAAGGAGGUGCAGAAGAAGUUCAAGACACGAGAGGCGGAGGAGAAGGAGAAGGAAGAUCUCGUUAAGCAAGACACACUCAUCGUAUCCAACAACAAAUCCAAUCCUAAGUUAAAGGACCUUUAUAUCCGGCCGAACAUCGUACAAAAGAGAAUAAACGGGACGCUGGAAGCUCACACUAACGGCUUCAGGUAUACAAGUGUCCGGGGUGAUAAGGUGGACAUUCUCUACAACAACAUCAAGAACGCCUUCUUCCAACCAUGCGAGGGAGAAAUGAUUAUCCUGCUUCAUUUUCAUCUCCGGCAUGCAAUAAUGUUUGGCAAGAAGAAACAUGUUGAUGUACAGUUUUACACAGAAGUGGGUGAAAUAACCACAGAUCUGGGUAAACACCAACACAUGCACGACCGUGAUGAUCUGUCGGCUGAGCAGGCUGAGCGAGAGUUGCGCCACAAACUGACCUCUGCGUUCAAGAGCUUUACAGAGAAGGUUGAAACUAUGACAAAACAUCAAAUAGAAUUCGACACUCCAUUCCGUGAACUUGGAUUCCCUGGUGCUCCCUUCCGCUCUACAGUACUUCUGCAGCCCACCUCAGGCUGUGUUGUAAACUUGACGGAGUGGCCUCCAUUUGUCAUCGUGCUGGAUGAAGUCGAGUUGGUUCACUUUGAGCGAGUACAGUUCCACCUGAAGAACUUUGACAUGGUGUUUGUCUUCAAGGAUUACUCCAAAAAAACCUCAAUGAUUAAUGCCAUCCCAAUGCAGAUGCUUGACCAUGUGAAGGAGUGGCUAAACUCUUGUGACAUCCGGUACUCUGAAGGCGUGCAAUCUCUCAACUGGGCCAAGGUCAUGAAAACAAUUAUCGAUGACCCUGAUGGCUUCUUUGAACAGGGAGGAUGGUCUUUCCUGGAUCCCGACUCCGACGCAGAGAACGAACAAGAGGAGGAGGAAGACUCGGAGGACGACGGCGCGUACGCCCCAACCGACGAAGAGCUCGGGUCCGAGGAGGAGAGUGAGGACUAUUCUGAGGGUGACUCGGAAGCCUCUGACUCCGAAUAUAGUGAAGACUUGGGAACGAGUGAAGAGUCGGGCAAGGAUUGGUCGGACCUCGAGAGAGAAGCCGCCGAGGCCGAUAAAGACGCCAACGACUUCCAGGAUGAGUAUACCAAACAGAAGAAGGGAGGAGGUGGCGGCGGCAGCAGUUAUCGCGACAAAUACAACGACCGAAAGAGGUUAAACCGCAAGUCCUCUCUCAAACUCGGCAAGGACAGACACAUGAGCAAUUCCAAACACAAAUCUAGGCAUGACAGCAGUAAACACAAGACCUCGCACAAAUCCCCACACAAGUCGUCCUCCCACAAAUCGUCUCACAAGUCUCCGAACAAAGGUAAAGAUAAGGGUCGGCAUCACACCAGCUCCAGCAAACACUCGGACAAGAAGAGGUCUCGAGAAGACUCCGGUGAUCGCCACCACAGCAAAAAGAAGAGCAGGAAGUAAAUAUGGUUAGGUCAGGCUGUUAAACAGCUAUUUCCUGCCAUGAAGAGGAGGGAGAGGAGAAGAAACAAAAUAUAAGUGUUGGAAUUCACUAGUUAUAUGGUGAUGCUACACACUACGACAUUACCUGUAGAUCUGGACCUACUUCCUAGACAUAGGAUAGCUACCCAGGAUGCUGAGGAAGAAGCAUGACUGCUCACAUUCCAUUGGUGUUGGGAGGUGCGACUCCUACCUUUCACUCGUGGAUUUUUGCAACAUGUGAACCUACAAAUUAGCUGGUGACUUUGGUGUUGUCGUGAGUGCCCAGUGCUCUUACCUUGCCGCUGUCUGAAAGGAAGGUUUUCGGUGGAAUUUCAACUCGAACAAAUGAUUGCCGUAGCGUAAAUAUGACGUACAAUUAUGAGAUAGUACACAUUCAUUCAUUUCUUCAGCCCUGUGUUUGGAUCCUCUAGUAAAUUCUUGUAUAGAAAUGGUCCAAGUUGUAAUGUAUUUCAUCAUUAAAUAUACAUGAUUGUUAUAUAAUGGGAUCUUUAUUAUAAAUUCAUGUAAGUAAAUUAUAAGUUUUAUGUCAAAUCUCAAAGAAAAAUCAGCACUUGGCGAGACUUAAGGUUAGGUUGGAUGUAGUAGUUUUGUAUACUUAACUCUGAAUGUAUUUUUCACCGAUGACACAUUGAAACAAGAACUGCAAUACCUCCGAAGAUUGGGUUUCCAGCGAGAAAAUGUCAAAAAAAACCUUUCUUCUAAAUUUUAAAAACUUCAGAGCAUAAAGAAUGGAUAUUUUGUUUUUUGUGGAGUUAUAAAACAAAAUAACAGUGUUUUCUUUCAUAUGAAUUUGCUGAAAGGGUAUUAGUUUUAAUUAUUUUUAUACCAGAUGGACACUUAUUUUAUUUUUGUUUGUUUUUAAAAAGGUGUUAGUUCUUUUGAAAACAGAGAAGAAAAGAUCAUUCACUCAGCUCCUUACAAGUAACCACAGAUAUGUACUCUCUUUAGUUUACAGUCGCUAAGCUUAAGUGUCUUCGUGGGGGUACCAAGGUUUGCUUCUUCACAUCCACAAACACUUCCUCGUGUAAGUAAUAUAUAUUUGCAAGACCAUGAAAAAUGUGACGAGCCAACCCUUGCUUAACCCUAUGAAGACCACCCGGUGUACAUCAUAAAUCUUUAGUAAUGAUUGCUAUAGAUCCAGUGUACUAAUUGAGAUUUAUCGCAAAUUCGGGUUUUUGAAGCAUUAAUGAUGUUUAUCUAGCAAGGUUACUGGAGAAGAGGACAUUUUUUUCAGGUAUGUAGGUGAGUGAACUAAUACUGUAUUGCAUUUUAUAUUCAAUCCUUGUGAAAUACAUUAAAAUUGUUUUCGUAGA